AUGGCAAGCCUUCUCGCCUGUGUCAUAGACGUUCUCUUUCCCGUCCCGUUUUUCGCCGUCAGCAUCUUCUACUUUGCAGUCGCAUUUGUCAAAAAUCCUUUGCUGCCCUUGACAAACUUUGCGUCGUUCAAAGAAAAGGCGUUUGCGGGACUAUGGCUCACGCUCGGCGGCAUCUCCGCCGACCAAACCCCGGCCGAGCUCGACGGUCUCCUGGCGAGUAGCAAAGGUUUGAUCCUCGACGUGGGGCCGGGCUCGGGCGACCAGCUCCGCCGCUUCAGCAACCCGCAGAACAUCACUGCCAUAUACGGCGUGGAGCCGGGCGUCACGAUGCACGACAAGCUCCGCGAGUCGGCGAGGAAAGCCGGGCUGGGCGACGACAAGUACCGCAUCAUUGGGGGCACGGCGGACCUGGAAUCUAUCGUUCCCGCGCUGGUCAAAGACGGCCUCGUCAAGACGGGGGAGACGGGGGGGCCCGCGGCGGCGGAGGAGGACGACCUGGCCAUCUUCGACGAGAUCGUCUGCGUGCGCGUGCUGUGCGGUGUCCCUGACCAAGAGGCCAGCGUCGCGGACCUGUACGCCCUGCUCAAGCCCGGCGGGCGCUUCGUGCUGUGCGAGCACGUGCUGAAUGGUCACUCGUGGGCCGCGGACCAGGCGCAAAAGUUCUGGAUGGCGGUCGGCUGGCAGGCGUUGAUGGGGGGCUGUGACCUGCGCCGAGACACGGUGCAGACGUUUCUCAACGUGGCAAAGGAAAAGGACGGCGGGUUCGCAAAGGUCGAAAUGAACCAAGUCGACGCGCACAGCAUGCUGACGCACGUCGUGGGAGUCUUGACCAAGAAGCAGAAGAAGAAGAGAUAG